AUGGUGGGUGGAGCAUGGUUUGAGGCAGUGAGGGUAUGGUGGGUGGAGCAUGGUUUGAGGCAUGAGGGUAUGGUGGGUGGAGCAUGGUUUGAGGCAGUGAGGGUAUGGUGGGUGGAGCAUGGUUUGAGGCAUGAGGGUAUGGUGGGUGGAGCAUGGUUUGAGGCAGUGAGGGUAUGGUGGGUGGAGCAUGGUUUGAGGCAUGAGGGGAUGGUGGGUGGAGCAUGGUUUGAGGCAGUGAGGGUAUGGUGGGUGGAGCAUGGUUUGAGGCAUGAGGGUAUGGUGGGUGGAGCAUGGUUUGAGGCAGUGAGGGUAUGGUGGGUGGAGCAUGGUUUGAGGCAUGAGGGUAUGGUGGGUGGAGCAUGGUUUGAGGCAGUGAGGGUAUGGUGGGUGGAGCAUGGUUUGAGGCAUGAGGGGAUGGUGGGUGGAGCAUGGUUUGAGGCAGUGAGGGUAUGGUGGGUGGAGCAUGGUUUGAGGCAUGAGGGUAUGGUGGGUGGAGCAUGGUUUGAGGCAGUGAGGGUAUGGUGGGUGGAGCAUGGUUUGAGGCAUGAGGGUAUGGUGGGUGGAGCAUGGUUUGAGGCAGUGAGGGUAUGGUGGGUGGAGCAUGGUUUGAGGCAUGAGGGUAUGGUGGGUGGAGCAAGGUUUGAGGCAGUGAGGGUAUGGUGGGUGGAGCAUGGUUUGAGGCAUGAGGGUAUGGUGGGUGGAGCAUGGUUUGAGGCAGUGAGGGUAUGGUGGGUGGAGCAUGGUUUGAGGCAUGAGGGUAUGGUGGGUGGAGCAUGGUUUGAGGCAGUGAGGGUAUGGUGGGUGGAGCAUGGUUUGAGGCAUGAGGGUAUGGUGGGUGGAGCAUGGUUUGAGGCAGUGAGGGUAUGGUGGGUGGAGCAUGGUUUGAGGCAUGAGGGUAUGGUGGGUGGAGCAUGGUUUGAGGCAGUGAGGGUAUGGUGGGUGGAGCAUGGUUUGAGGCAUGAGGGUAUGGUGGGUGGAGCAAGGUUUGAGGCAGUGAGGGUAUGGUGGGUGGAGCAUGGUUUGAGGCAUGAGGGCAUGGUGGGUGGAGCAUGGUUUGAGGCAGUGAGGGUAUGGUGGGUGGAGCAUGCUUUGAGGCAUGAGGGCAUGGUGGGUGGAGCAUGGUUUGAGGCAGUGAGGGUAUGGUGGGUGGAGCAUGGUUUGAGGCAUGAGGGUAUGGUGUUUGGAGCAUGGUUUGAGGCAGUGAGGGUAUGGUGGGUGGAGCAUGCUUUGAGGCAUGAGGGUAUGGUGGGUGGAGCAUGCUUUGAGGCAGUGAGGGUAUGGUGGGUGGAGCAUGGUUUGAGGCAUGAGGGUAUGGUGGGUGGAGCAUGGUUUGAGGCAGUGAGGGUAUGGUGGGUGGAGCAUGGUUUGAGGCAUGAGGGUAUGGUGGGUGGAGCAUGGUUUGAGGCAGUGAGGGUAUGGUGGGUGGAGCAUGGUUUGAGGCAUGAGGGUAUGGUGGGUGGAGCAUGGUUUGAGGCAGUGAGGGUAUGGUGGGUGGAGCAUGGUUUGAGGCAUGAGGGUAUGGUGGGUGGAGCAUGGUUUGAGGCAGUGAGGGUAUGGUGGGUGGAGCAUGGUUUGAGGCAUGAGGGCAUGGUGGGUGGAGCAUGGUUUGAGGCAGUGAGGGUAUGGUGGGUGGAGCAUGCUUUGAGGCAUGAGGGCAUGGUGGGUGGAGCAUGGUUUGAGGCAGUGAGGGUAUGGUGGGUGGAGCAUGGUUUGAGGCAUGAGGGUAUGGUGGGUGGAGCAUGGUUUGAGGAAGUGAGGGUAUGGUGGGUGGAGCAUGGUUUGAGGCAUGAGGGUAUGGUGGGUGGAGCAUGGUUUGAGGCAGUGAGGGUAUGGUGGGUGGAGCAUGGUUUGAGGCAUGAGGGGAUGGUGGGUGGAGCAUGGUUUGAGGCAGUGAGGGUAUGGUGGGUGGAGCAUGGUUUGAGGCAUGAGGGUAUGGUGGGUGGAGCAAGGUUUGAGGCAGUGAGGGUAUGGUGGGUGGAGCAUGGUUUGAGGCAUGAGGGCAUGGUGGGUGGAGCAUGGUUUGAGGCAGUGAGGGUAUGGUGGGUGGAGCAUGCUUUGAGGCAUGAGGGCAUGGUGGGUGGAGCAUGGUUUGAGGCAGUGAGGGUAUGGUGGGUGGAGCAUGGUUUGAGGCAUGAGGGUAUGGUGUUUGGAGCAUGGUUUGAGGCAGUGAGGGUAUGGUGGGUGGAGCAUGCUUUGAGGCAUGAGGGUAUGGUGGGUGGAGCAUGGUUUGAGGCAGUGAGGGUAUGGUGGGUGGAGCAUGCUUUGAGGCAUGAGGGUAUGGUGGGUGGAGCAUGGUUUGAGGCAGUGAGGGUAUGGUGGGUGGAGCAUGGUUUGAGGCAUGAGGGUAUGGUGGGUGGAGCAAGGUUUGAGGCAGUGAGGGUAUGGUGGGUGGAGCAUGGUUUGAGGCAUGAGGGCAUGGUGGGUGGAGCAUGGUUUGAGGCAGUGAGGGGAUGGUGGGUGGAGCAUGGUUUGAGGCAUGAGGGUAUGGUGGGUGGAGCAUGGUUUGAGGCAGUGAGGGUAUGGUGGGUGGAGCAUGGUUUGAGGCAUGAGGGUAUGGUGGGUGGAGCAUGGUUUGAGGCAGUGAGGGUAUGGUGGGUGGAGCAUGGUUUGAGGCAUGAGGGUAUGGUGGGUGGAGCAUGGUUUGAGGCAGUGAGGGUAUGGUGGGUGGAGCAUGGUUUGAGGCAUGAGGGUAUGGUGGGUGGAGCAAGGUUUGAGGCAGUGAGGGUAUGGUGGGUGGAGCAUGGUUUGAGGCAUGAGGGCAUGGUGGGUGGAGCAUGGUUUGAGGCAGUGAGGGUAUGGUGGGUGGAGCAUGCUUUGAGGCAUGAGGGCAUGGUGGGUGGAGCAUGGUUUGAGGCAGUGAGGGUAUGGUGGGUGGAGCAUGGUUUGAGGCAUGAGGGUAUGGUGUUUGGAGCAUGGUUUGAGGCAGUGAGGGUAUGGUGGGUGGAGCAUGCUUUGAGGCAUGAGGGUAUGGUGGGUGGAGCAUGGUUUGAGGCAGUGAGGGUAUGGUGGGUGGAGCAUGGUUUGAGGCAUGAGGGUAUGGUGGGUGGAGCAUGGUUUGAGGCAGUGAGGGUAUGGUGGGUGGAGCAUGGUUUGAGGCAUGAGGGUAUGGUGGGUGGAGCAUGGUUUGAGGCAGUGAGGGCAUGGUGGGUGGAGCAUGGUUUGAGGCAGUGA